AUGCAGGGGGAGAAUCUCGCCAACGACAUGUACCUCAUUUCGCAAAUGGACAGUGAUCAAUAUGUGCCAAUACUGACUUUGGCGAACCUCAAUCAAAUCAAGAAACUCACCACGGAUGUGGACCUCAUUGCAGACAUACUAAAAACACUGCCUCUUGUCCAAGUGGACAAAUGUGGAGAGAAAGUGCGGCCCAAUCAGAACCGCUGUAUUGUGAUUCUCAGAGAGGUUCCUGAGGCAACUCCUCUGGAGGAAGUUGAAGCACUUUUUAAGAGUGAUAACUUGCCCAAAUUCAUCAAUUGUGAGUUUGCAUACAACGACAACUGGUUCAUCACUUUUGAAUCUGAGGCUGAUGCUCAGAUGGUGUAUCAGUAUCUCAGAGAAGAGGUGAAAACCUUUCAAGGAAAGACAAUUAAGGCUAGAAUAAAGGCCAAGGCCAUUGCUGUCAAUACCUUUGUGCCAAAGAAUGGGUUUCGGCCUGUGGAUGUGUCCUCAAACGUCCAACAGCGCUACACCCCUUACUACAUUCCACCGGUGUAUGGAGCACAGCAACAGUUCCCACUGUACCGGCUAGUUACCCCUCAGGGCUGGUCAGCUACCCAGAGCUACCUGGACCCCACACUGGUUACUCCAUUUCCCAGCCCUGCGUUCAUUAACGGUUUCGCUGGUUCUCCAACAUUUAAAUCGGCCAAUUCUCCUUUAACUGUCAGACAGUAUGCACCUCGAAACAGGAACCACAACAAAACACACAUUCAACUCAUGGCAGAACGUGGAACCACUCUGCAGGAGAACCCUGCUGCUUUCUCUACCUUCCCUUCAGAUAGAGUCCCCAAUGGGACACGCCCUCCACAAGUUCAUCACUUGGGUAACCGACCUCGAUUACCAAGCGGUCCGGCCUAUCCUCGCCGGGACCAGGUGGGAAGUGGACGAAUGGAGGUAAACGGAGCAGAUUACUCUCUGAACAUGGGGCGUGGAAGGAGAGGUGGCUAUGGGUACAGAAAAAGGAGGGAUGAAAACAAGUUUCCAAGAGCCUGCACACAGUCGCCCCCACCUGCUCAGGAGCGCACUCCAUCUCCCAGCUUUGAGCUGGGACUCUCAAGCUUCCCUCCUCUGCCUGGAGCCGCAGGAAAUCUAAAGCCUGAAGUAAAAACUGAAAACAGUCUUGACAACCGACUGUCUGACAUCGUCACUGGAGCAGUUAAAGACAAGCCUCUAAAUAAGGAUGUGGUCACCACACGUGUGAUCUCAGGGACCCCCAAAGAAUCCAUGCAGGCUGUUCCUGCCCCUGCUGCUGCUCAGAUCCCGGUGGACCAGCAAAACUCACAUUCUCCAGCCCUUUCAAGUCUGACACCUGUAGAAAAACCUAAAGAGACACAAACACCUGGAGAGAAAUGCUCCGUUACACGUACUUCUAAAACCACACCACUGAGCAAUCCAGUGACGGAGCCCCGGAAGCCAAGCUACGCAGAGAUCUGUCAAAGGAUACGAGAGGCACCGACACAGCAGCCAUCAGCAGAUCCCCGACCUCCAAGCUCCACCGCUGAAGACAUCAAAACUCCUGAUUACGCAGAACGCAGAUGCAGAGAGACUGCACCUGCCAAAUCUGCGGUGACAUGUCCCAGAGAGACUAUAAAAUCUCAUCAGAAUGCUGGAGAUCGAGCGAUCGGAGGCACGACAGCUUCCAUCCUCCAAUCCUGAGAGCUCAGCUCUGCUUCCAUGACUGAACGGAAUGAGAGCUCUUUGCCAGGGCUGCUCAAAGUCCCUCUUAUCUCACAGUCAGAGUGCACACAUUGACAAGUUGACACUGGAAUCAGGGCCUACAAACAAAAGCACUUGUAAGCGUUUAAGGUUCUCUGAGUAUUUUUGUUGUCCUUUUAUUGUCGUUUUGUUUUCCUUUUACAAGAUCUUUGUUUUUCAAGGAAAAUGGGAGUGAACCAGCACCAGUUGGAGAUUAAGUAUAUUUAAGAAUGUUUUGUCAGAGCUCACGCUUUUUUGUUCAAACUGUUGUUUAAAAUUAAAUGAGUGCAGUUGGGAGGAAAUACUGUUUUUGUUGUUGUUUUUUGGAAAGUGCUGAUCCUGAAAUGAUUACCUUUUUUGUUCUUUACUUUUUUUUAAGUGAUAUGUAUAUAAGUUUUGCUAACCUUUAGUGUCUUGGUACUGACUUCACUGGGUGCGAUUCUGUACAUGCAUCUCUACAGGUCGCUCAACGGUCCCAGCCAUUACAACUGCAUGAGUGAGAGUUUUGUUCCGUUUUUAUGUUUGGAUGUUUCAGCACUGGAGUGAAUUUGAGCUCUGAAUAAUUUUUUUUACAUGCUAAUCCUCUAUCAAUUGUACCAAUGUGAUUAUUGUAGCAGGUGUAUGUAUACCUGUUUUUGCGUGCAUGCUUUUUAUGUUUUGAUUUUCUCUUUUGUUUUAAUAUUUUAAUGGCACACAUUAGUUUUCUGUAUAAUUUUUCUCAUUAUGUUUCCUACUUUCCAUUCAUUUGGGAAGAAUCCAAUCUGAUGCCUCAUUAAAGGGAUAGGUCACCCAAAAAUGUACAUUCUGACAUUUGUUUACUCUCAUGUUGUCCAAACUCGUAUGACUGAAACAAAAGGAGAUUUUAGGUGGAAUGUUCAGUCUCAGUCACUAUUCAUUGUAUGGAAAAUAUGCAAUUCGAAUGGUGACUGAGGCAGUCUGUAAUGUGCUUCCUAACAUUUAGGUUUGUGUUCCAUAGAAUUAAGUUUUCUGGUAUUUGUACAACAUUAGGGUAAUUAAUAGAAUUUUCAUUUUUUGGUGAAUCAUCUCUAAGUUCUGGAAGAUCUUCACACUGUAAAGUCCUUUGGUUGUGAGGGGAAGUGUGUUCAUGUGCCUAGUCUGCUGUGAUCUAAGUGAUAGGUGGCUAUUAUUUGCUUUAGCUUUGGUUGGUUGUUUGUUAUCCUGGUGUGGUGCCGUUUCGUCAAAUGGUUUAUUUGGUGCUUUUAUAUAUAUCAAUGGAGGGAAAGACAUCGACAUGCACCUACGUCUAUCCUAUGAUCUUCACUGAUUCACUUUCAUAUCACCACUGUUACAAGAGUGGGAUUGUGUACAUAAGUGACGUAUACAUAAAGAACAAAAAGAUCUGAGCCUUCAGCACACAUGGACCAGCGCUGUAUUUGUGGGGUUUCUCCUUUAUGCAGACUUUAUAUUUUGUGUACAUCUCACUCACUUGACAUGCCCCUCAUUCAUGCAUAUUCUGUUCAUUGAUCAUUAGUUCAAUUUCCCGUUAUAGUUUGAAAUUGUAUUGGAAGAGCGAGACAACCCGUUUCUUGUUUUGAUGUCUUCCUGCAUCGUAGAGAAUGUGCAGAAUGCUUUGAGAUGAUUGUCCUGCUGUUUGUCUGUUGUUUAUAUUCUCGUGUAUCUUCCCUGUGAGUAAUUUGUUCCUAGGUUAAUCAAAAAAACAAAAAAUCAUUUUUUGACCGUGAAUGCAAUUAAUUGUUUUUCCUUCAAUAAAUGAUGCAUACCAUGUUUCAAAGUAAUUAAGGUUUCAUUACAUAACCUUUGAAGAUGUUCAGAAAAACAAAGAACCAUCACAUAAAUUAACAGUGUUUGAAGACUUGAAUUUUAAUUAAACUUGAAAAAAUGUAUCUGCCUUAACUUUUAAGAUAACAGUUUGGAGUUUGUUUUAUUUUUUCUUUCAGUUCCUAAAGUGUGGAAAGAAGGAUGAUGUGGUAGAGGCGUCACAAAGUCUUCGUCACUACAUUUGUGUAGCACAAUACUUUUGGGAUUGAGAUUUUUAUUUUAUUUUUUCUGUGUAAAUGCUUGUAGUCUAAACUGUUGUACAUGUAUACACUUGUAUGUGUGUGCUUUCUCUGUACAGAUGUAAAUAAUUGGAAAAUGUUUAAAAGGUACCCUAAAAUUGGUUGAGAAAAAUGUAUGGAAAAAAAUAAAUAAAUGUUAA